GGGCCGCCGAGCGGGGCGGUCGUCCGUUGGCGGUCGGGCCGCUUGUGAUGGCGGCGCGGCGUUGGGCUGGGGGGCGUUAGGGGGCGAGUCCGGGGCUCGCUGUGGUCGCGGCGGCGAUGGAAGCCUGCUUGGAGUCUGCAAGAGAGAUCAAGGCAAUUGACCGGAAGUCAGUGCACCGGAUUUGUUCAGGCCAAGUUGUGCUAAACCUCUGCACUGCAGUAAAAGAACUGGUGGAAAAUAGUAUAGAUGCUGGAGCUACUAACAUUGAGAUUAAAUUGAAAGAAUUCGGAGCAGAUUUGAUUGAAGUAUCGGAUAAUGGAGAUGGAGUGGAGGAGAAAAACUUCGAAGGACUAACACUGAAGCAUUACACAUCCAAGCUACAAGAUUUCUCUGACCUCUUACAUGUGGAGACAUUUGGAUUUAGAGGUGAAGCUUUGAGCUCCUUGUGUGCCCUGAGCAACCUUUCAGUCGUGACUUGCCACAAGACUGCCAAAGUUGGAACCCGCCUGCAAUUUGACAAUAAUGGGCACAUCAGCCAAAAGAUACCGUAUCCUCGACAGCAGGGGACAACAGUUAAUGUUCAGCAGUUGUUUAAUACACUUCCAGUCAGGCACAAAGAGUUUCUGCGAAAUAUUAAGAAGGAGUACAGUAAAAUGGUGCAGGUACUGCAGGCCUAUUGCAUCAUUUCCACAGGCAUACGGAUCACUUGCACAAAUCAGAUUGGACAAGGAAAGAAAAACCCUGUUAUUUGCACCAGUGGAUGCUCCACAUUAAAGGAGAAUAUAAGUGCUGUAUUUGGAUCAAAGCAGUUACAGAGCCUUGUCCCUUUUGUUCAACUAAGUCCUAGUGAAGCUAUUUGUGAAGAUUAUGGAAUUAAUCCUGUUGAUAUUCCUGAAAAACUCUACACGAUCACAGGUUUUGUGUCUCGUAGUGAUCAUGGAGUUGGUAGGAGUUCAACUGACCGACAGUUUUUCUUCAUCAAUCAGCGACCAUGUGAUCCAUUAAAGAUUUCAAAGCUUAUAAAUGAAGUAUAUCACAUGUACAACAGGCAUCAGUAUCCCUUUGUUGCCCUGAAUGUCUGUGUUGAUUCUGCGUGUGUUGAUGUCAAUGUCACACCAGACAAAAGACAAAUUCUUCUUCAGGAAGAAAAGCUCCUCCUUGCAAUUCUGAAAACAUCGCUUAUCCAGAUGUACGAUUCUGAUGCCAACAAGCUCAAUGUUAAUCAGAAGUUUCAUCAGAUGACAGUUUUAGGCAACUCUGAGAAAGUUCCCCAGACAGUCAGUCUGGAGUCUUCUGUUCCAAAUGAGUGUGAAUCUGCUCCUGUGCAUUCAGAGAAAGAGAAGAAUAUAAGCAUUGCCAGAUUACGUGAGGCGUUCUCCCUGCAUCAGUCCUCGUUCUGUAGAUCCAACUACAGCGAAAAGCGGGAUUUGCCAGUGCAAAGGAAACUACAUUCGUUUUUGACCAAUUCUAAAUGGAGCAGCCCUCAGUCCAAUUGUAGGACUGGCUCCCAUGACGAGAUUCCAUCCAGAAAUCUCGACCAAUUGGUGAAAGACUGCAAAAGCUCUGAAAGUGACACAGAUUCUGGAAAAGGCAGCACCAUGCACUUGUCGAUUGGCAGUAACACACCGGAGGUCAACAAUUCAGCCAAAUCUAGUGACGCCUCUGACAGUGCAGCGAGCUCACCCAUUGCACUGCAGAAUUUUCCAGAAGCUCGGAGAGGGGAUGAAGAACUGAAAACUGAAGCAACUAUCUGUGACGUCUUGAUUCCUAGCAUUGCUGUGUCCACAGGGAAAGCUAAUUCAACAGGAAAUGGUGGCCGACCAUUGAUGGGUUCUCACUCGUAUGAUAACGCCAUCCAGAGUGCAAAACGUGCUAAGGUUGAGGGUUUGUGUUUGGAUGUUGACUUGUCUUUGGGUCUCGGACCUUCCCAGAAAUUGGAGGUCGAUAGACCGGUUGAAAUGAAUAAAAAGAUUGUGAAGCUCCCUUUUUCCAUGAGCCGCCUUGCUGAAAGGCUGAAAGUGAUUAAUAUGCAGCAAGCACAACAGGAAGAGGCACAGAGAUGUAGGCGAUUUCGAGCUCGGAUUAACCCCGGAGACAAUCAAGCAGCAGAAGAGGAACUCCGAAAAGAGAUCAGCAAAGACAAGUUUGCAACCAUGGAGGUUCUUGGCCAGUUUAACCUAGGAUUUAUUAUCACCAAGCUUGAAUCGGACCUGUUCAUUGUCGACCAGCAUGCCACUGAUGAGAAGUACAACUUUGAAAUGCUGCAACAACACACCGUUCUUCAAGGUCAAAAACUGAUAGCACCUCAAAAUCUUCAUUUAACAGCAGUGAGUGAAACUAUACUGAUGGAAAACAUGGACAUCUUUAGAAAGAAUGGGUUCGAAUUUAUCAUAAACGAGCAAGCACCUCCUACAGAGAGAGUGAAACUGGUUUCCUUGCCAACGAGCAAGAACUGGACAUUUGGCGUACAAGAUAUCGAGGAGCUGAUUUUCAUGCUGAGUGACAGCCCCGGGGUGAUGUGUCGGCCAUCCAGAGUCAGGCAAAUGUUUGCUUCCAGAGCCUGUAGGAAAUCAGUGAUGAUUGGGACUGCACUUACUAACAGUGAGAUGAAGAAGUUGGUUACCCACAUGGGUGAGAUAGAACAUCCCUGGAACUGCCCACAUGGACGCCCAACCAUGAGACAUCUAGUCAACUUGGACAUGAUAUCUGUGGAAUGAGUGGCUGUGUUUGGACCAUGUAUAUUAAACAGUUAAUCAUAGAAUAACUACACUGGUGUUUAGCGCUCAGGAUGCGUUUCCAGUAAGGAGAGUGCUAAUAGAACCAGCACAAAACUGGGUGUCAGUAUGUGGAGAGAGGUAUUACUGACAGUGCUGCUGUGCUAGGAACCUGCCCUCCCUGCUGUUGCUUGCUGCUCUGCUGGGAAUCUGGAAUCUAGCAUUGAAUUGCCUGUAGCUCAGUGUUUGGAGGCUGCCUGUAAGGUCUGUCAUUGGGCAAUUUGGCAGUACAGCCGCUCGGCACUGAGAGGUGGCGCUCAGAGCUGCAUUCUGGCCAGCAUGGUCAGUAUGGGUAUAGUGGGACUGGCAGCACCUGUGCCAAGUAAGCCCCACCUUUCAGCACCAGGUGGCUGCACCACUCAACCUCGCCCAGCCAACACCAACCCUCACAGGCAGCCUCCUCACACUGAGCCACGAGGGGAUUCAUUGCUGGGGGAGUGCUAGUAGAGGACAGGGUUUGACACCGGGUUCCUGGCACAGUAGUAGUGAGGGUGGGGGUCUGCGCCAGCUUCCUCGCACAGCAGCUCGCAGCCUGAGCGGCUGUCUUCUGUAAUGUGCAGACAGGAGGACCAAGACCGGUAUAAUGAUCGACAACCCUGCAGGAUAGCGUUAAGUGGGGUACCAGAACAUAUUAUUUUCAAAGUUAUAUCAUCAAGUGCAAUUAGAUUGUACAGUAGUAAACUACCCUCUUUGGAAUGGUGUAUAAGAAAUGAAAUUUUAAGCAGUAUUUUAGUUGUGAAAAUGCCAAUGAUUUAUUUCAUUUCUAUUAAAAUUUUAACUUUUUUC